UGCGACGUCCUUGUGAGGCAGGAUAUCAAAAAGGUUGAUUUGUUGAGUCGGAGUGCGCUUACUGAGACCCUGUAGCUUAGGAUGAUUAACAUGUAGGAAGCGCACGAGUGUAGGGAACAGGCUGGGAGUAAGGGACCGGAGUCAGGGUUUGAGUGUGUGUCUGUGUGUAUAUCUAUAGGUCCUGGCAGCACCAUCCGGGGAGAGGGUGAGCCGAGGAGGACACUGACUGCUUGUUUGGUCAGUGCCAGCAACACUGGAUGGCUUUUUUCUCUUUUGCUCAAGAAUUUCUUGGAUAUUUUUCCAAAUCGGAUUUAUGAUUUGCGCGCUUGGAUACAAUCGUGGAAGCAAACACGCACAGGCGCGCACACGCACACACACGCAGGCGCGCACACGCAGACACACAGAGGAAUCGAUGGGGAAAAUAAGUUGACUGCUGCCUUGGGGAAAAUUUGUUGUUUUUUCCUCCUUCUAGGAAAAGGAUCGCUGUCAUUUCUGCUCGCCACCAUGGGGGGUUUGGAUACAUAGUGGCUUUGGCACUUGUGAUAUUUUGUUAUUGUUUCUUUUCUUGAGCGCGAGCAACAAUUUCGGAGUGCCAGCUAUCCUGCGCGCGAGAAAAUACUAUUCAAAGAAAUAUAUGUCCGUAUGUACAUAUCCACACACGCAUAGGUGACUCUUUCGGCAUAUAUGGAGGGAAUUUGGUCGACUUUCCAGCCGUGCGUAAAAUAACUUCCUCCUGCAAACCCCGCAUGCAGUCCCGGCUGUGGACGCGGCCUCGGUGCAUGGAUCAGCCGACAUGGCAUGCAGUGAGAUCUAAAAGAUGAAUGCAGCAUUUCCCACGCUGACACACAUCCGUCGGUUUCCCCCUUUCACACUGCAGGAGAGGGAAAUAAACCCGAGGGUGGAGCAGAUGCGAGGCCAGGUGCUUCCCACCUCCACCAUGCGGGAGAUCUAAGGCCGCGCACUGGAUCAUCCGCCACGGGGGGAGAGGGAGUUUUAUUUUUCCAUCGCAUCAAACAUUAUUUUGUUUUAAUUUUUAAUUUUUGUUUAGUUUAGCCUUCUUUUUUUUUGUUGUUGUCCAUUUCUAGUAGGGAUCCUUUUGAAUGCUUGGUAUGAUUCUUGCAAGGUAGAAAGAGAGAAAGAAAGAGAGAGAGAGAGAGAGAGAGAGAGAGAGAGAUCUUCUUAGAAGUAGGUCAGAUCUUGCAAGAGAAAGCUGGCCAAAAUGGGAGUGACUCUAUCACUCAUGCUGAUAUGACAUCUUGCUUAGUUUUCUAAAGUCCACUGGAUUCAUGACCGCUUGACCCCCCGGCUGCUUCUUCUCUCAUCAUCUUGGCCUGUGAGGUUUCUCCUGAAGAUCUUGUUUUCUUGCAGGCUCUCCCAGAGUGCGUAUGGCUCUUUGCGGGACCACAGCUGCUAACGCGGCCAAAAUGAUGGCGGCGUACACUGGAGGUGCUUCGGCUGUGGCGGCGGCAGCCCACCAUCCACACCACCACCACCAGCUGGCUCAUCUGCCUCCUCCUCACCAGAUCCACCACCAGCACCACCACCAUGCCGGACAGCACCAUCUCCAACAGCAGCAGCAGCAUCCCGCUCCAGGUUCGGCCGCCGCCGUUCAUCCCGUACAGCAGCAACACGCAUCCGCUGCCGUCAUGCUCAACCCGAGUCAGCAGCAGCAGCAGCAACCAUACUUUCCGUCACCUGCUCCCGGACAGGCUCCUGGUCCUGCUGCGGCUGCGGCACCCGCUCAGGUGCAGGCUGCGGCCAUCAAGGCGCACCACCACCACCAUCAACACCACCUACAGCAGCAACUGGACAUCGAGCCCGAUCGGCCUAUCGGAUAUGGGGCAUUCGGCGUGGUCUGGUCUGUGACUGACCCCCGCGACGGUAAACGUGUGGCCCUCAAAAAGAUGCCCAACGUCUUCCAGAACCUCGUCUCCUGUAAGAGGGUCUUCCGUGAGCUGAAAAUGCUCUGCUUCUUCAAGCACGACAAUGUCCUGUCAGCUCUGGACAUCCUGCAGCCUCCUCACAUUGACUACUUUGAGGAAAUCUACGUGGUGACGGAGCUGAUGCAGAGCGACCUCCAUAAGAUCAUCGUGUCUCCUCAACCCCUCAGCUCCGACCACGUCAAAGUCUUUCUCUACCAGAUCCUUCGAGGUAAGAAACCUCCACACACACACACACACACACACAGAUCUGUGCGUGUGGGAACACUCCUAAUUUACUGCUUAUUAAGAAUCUGUGAUUUCGGUCUGGCUCGGGUGGAGGAACCUGACGAGUCACGUCACAUGACCCAGGAAGUGGUGACACAGUACUACCGCGCCCCCGAGAUCCUCAUGGGAAGCCGCCAUUACUCCAACGCCAUCGACAUCUGGUCCGUGGGCUGCAUCUUUGCCGAGUUGCUGGGCAGACGCAUCCUCUUCCAGGCCCAGAGCCCCAUCCAGCAGUUGGAUUUGAUCACUGACCUGUUGGGGACGCCGUCUCUGGAGGCCAUGAGGACGGCGUGUGAAGGAGCCAGAGCUCAUAUACUGAGAGGACCACAUAAACAGCCCUCACUUCCUGUCCUUUACACCCUGUCCAGUCAGGCGACCCAUGAGGCAGUUCAUCUGCUCUGCAGGAUGCUGGUCUUCGACCCGUCUAAGAGGAUCUCAGCUAAAGAUGCUCUGGCUCACCCGUACCUGGAUGAAGGACGUCUGCGCUACCACACCUGUAUGUGUAAAUGCUGCUACACCACGUCGUCUGGCCGAGUUUACACCAGCGACUUCGAGCCCGUCACCAACCCAAAGUUCGACGAUGGCUUCGAGAAAAAUCUAACAUCGGUGCGGCAGGUCAAAGAGAUCAUUCAUCAGUUCAUCCUGGAGCAGCAGAAGGGGAAUCGGGUCCCUUUGUGUAUAAAUCCCCAGUCGGCUGCUUUCAAAAGCUUUAUCAGCUCGACAGUAGCUCAGCCUUCCGAGAUGCCUCCGUCUCCUCUGGUGUGGGAGUAGCUAAUGAUGAACGAUGAACAUGACGAUGACGACGGUGAUGACGAUGAAGACAUGAAGGAGGUGGCGGUGACGGUGGCGGUGGCCGCCCACCCUACACAAAUACGAACACACACGAACACACACCUCCGGACUACUGAUGCCCCUUAAAAAGAAAAAAAAACCUGCGUAGCAUUUCACUGGAGUUAGCACUUAGCCGAGCGGCUGAUGUGUGUGUGUGUGUACUGUAAUACUAACUAAACCUAAAUGAAGUUGUAAAGAAGCAACCACUGCUGAUUCAGAUGAGAAAGAUUUGUGAAGAAGUAUAUAUAUAAAUAUAUAUAGAGGAAGGGCGGGCGGGCGGACAGGCAGGUGGGCGUAUGUGCAGGGUGUGUAACGUACAGUAGAAGUAUUUCCACUGCUCUGUGAUCUGUACAGUGGUAUGUGUAGGUAUAUGAGAGAGCGAAAAAGAGAGAGAAGUGUGCACACACGAAACACGCGAAACACAAUCGCACGCCGACGGAUGAAGACGGACGGCCUCUGUGGACUAGUUUGUGUGUUCGAUGGAAGGAAGGCUGUUGCCGUGCAUCUGCUCUGUACGUCAUGCUUUAUUUAUUCACUGAUGGAGAGAACGGGUGCAAUUGCUCUGUAUAGCACGGAGGGCAAAAGCGCACUUUCUACCUCUCUCUCUCUCUCUCUCACACACAUACGCGUAUACACACACAUAUGUAUACACACCCCGGCCUCCUAGCGCAUUUUCCAGCUCAUCACUGUUCCAUUAAUUUAUUUAAUUAUUUACUAGUGAAUUUUUCCUAGCUUGUUCUUGGUUUUUUUUUUAGGUCGCUAUAUUGUCAUUUUAUGCUCUUUCUCACACUCGUUCAGAACCAGAACAAGAAAUCAGUAUUUCAGUACAUCAGAUUGCAGAGAUACUAACGGCAAAGCCACUUACAAGAUCGCCGUACACGGUGUGUGAUGUUCUCCAUACAGUAAUUCAUAGAGAAAUCGCUUGGGCCCAAAUAGUUAGGCGUCUGAGGUAAAUGGGCCAAAAUCAGGAGCGGUGUCCCUCAAGGUUUAAUGCUGGGGCAGAUCCCAGAGCCCAGCAGUCACACUAGCAAUCGACAAAUCUCUGGGGUCACUUAUGGCUAGAUUCUUUUCAGUUCUGAUGAAUGGGAGUGUGUACUGUAUAUUUCUAUCUUCUAAAGGUAACUAGUUAAAUUAACAACACGCUAAUCUGUGUGAUACUCCUAUGUCUGAUUUACGAUACAUGCUAAUAUUUGUAGUAGCAGGUAUCCUUUCAUCAGAUUAGAUUCGAUUAGCUAAGAAAGGUAGCUGUACACGUUACACAGCCUCGCAGGAGAACCCAAACAAUCCACCGCUUCCUUUUACGCUCACAUUUCUUUUUAAUUUUUUCCUAAAUUUUUGCUUCUCAAACAGUAAAUGUGAACUAAUUGCAGAUCAGAACUAAAGUAAGUAAGUGGAAGUGGGGAACUGAAGAAACAUUGAACUCUCUCUAUCUAUCUAUCGAUCGAUCUCUGAGGAUCGUUUGACCUUACCGUGUCGAUGCCUUGAGAAAAUCUCAAUUCAAAUCUUGAGCGGUUGCAUGUGGCUUUGUCUCUUGCUAGUGUGAUAAUAGGCGUUCAGGCUAAACGCUGAGGUAAAGACAAAGUAAAAUCCUGCAAAUAACAAAGACGGCAUUCCUCAAGGUUUAGUGCUGAGGCAAAUGUAGUUCAUGAAUAAAAGGGGAUGCCACGAUGCUGUGGGAUAAAAUAUGGAAAAAAGUGGUUUUGAGAGACCGAGACUUUUCUUUUCACGUGAAUAAGCAUGAGUAGCGCUCCCGUAUUUACUCAGCUGCCAUCAUAAAAUUAUGACUGAGCACUGGCAUGCCAGUAGUUGCGUAACAGCUGAUAUAAAAGGUAUAGAUAUGGAUGUCUAAUUAUUUAUGAAGCUUGAAGUGAGGACAGCAGUGAUUUUUUCCAUAAACACGAUAACAGAUCAACAGCCAUUCCAUUUUACCCAGGAAGAAAAAAAAAACUCAAGCGAAUGUGCAUGUAUGAAUCCAAAGCAUGUUUCCGCCUGCCUGAGGCAUCGCACCGGCGCUCACUGAGGUCAAUGACACGUCCUCUACCAUAAUGUUUUUUUUUUGUUGUUUGUUUUUUGUUUUUUAUCUAUCUUUCUUUUUUUUUAUUCUUUUUGUUUUGUUAUUGAAGAACCCAGGGACAGAAGGCAUAACUUCACCUUCAUCUCUUUUACACUGUCCGUAACAAGAUCUCACAAAAAGGAGAAAAAAAAAAUAAUUCUAAUAAAUUCUCAAAAAUAAACAAUAUUUAAUAUAUAUUUUUUAGAGGACUAUUUUUUAAUUAUUUUUUUUUUCUUUUAAUGUGCUAUGGCAUGCUUUCCUUUCCUCUCCUCACGAUCCACUGAAUAUGGUAUGUAAAUAUGUGAGUAGCUGAUAGAUUUCCAUGGAGAAGAAAUCCAUGAAAAGGAAGAUGUGCAUAAAAAAAGAGAAAGAAGACUCCAACACAGAACAGUACUGCUGUAUAGAGGUCGGAAAUUAGCCUGCACACUUUUUAGGGCUGUGAAAUUUGAUUUUAUUUUUUUGAGACUUAAAAUUGUAAAUAUUUUUUCUUCUUUUUUUUCUUUUCUUUUCCCUGCACUAAAAAAAAAAGUGUAGAUUAAAAACGUAAUCCAGAACAGUAUGAUUAUGGAAACGAAAAGGACACAUAACCAAUUAUGUUAAUUGUCUUGUGUGUACUGCAAAGCUGUGGAUAUGAGUAGUCUAAUGAAGUAGAACCCUUUAUUAUUAUUAUUAUUAUUAUUAUUAUUAUUAUUAUUAUUAUUAUUAUUAUUAUUAUUAUUAGAUUUUUUCUUUAAGGAAACACUGAACUGUUUGUGUAUAUGUAUAUAAUGAAUUCACAUUGUUGGUCUCUACCUCUGGAGCUCAGUGACUUGGUUGUUUACCUCCACAUAUUUUUAAUUUCAUGUGGAGAUUUAAAAACUUGAAUGUCCCUUCCAACUUUUAUAUUCCUAGAAAACCCAGUGCAAAAAAAAUUAUUCCAAAAAAAAUUAAAAUAGCGAUCGGUUGGAGGUGGGCCCGUUCUCUCUCCUUGUACAAAAUUCCAUAUUUCCACGUUUUCCCAGCUCUGUGUUUUUUCUGACUGUUAGCUCACACUCAAUCAUUAUCGUCAAGCAAUUCAACCCUCGCCGAUCGAAACCGUCGGUAUUCUUUACUCCAAGGUUUCAAUUUGAAGUACAAAUACAUGGCAGUGCUAAAAUAUUUCGAGCAGGUAUAGCAUGUCGUAGAUAACCAUGCCAGACUUAAAUGGAGUGUGUUUUCGAGAAAGAGACUAACCUGUAACAUGCUUUGGGCCAACUUGAGAAUAAAAAAAACAAAACAAAAAGGUACUACUCAUGCUGUCAAACAUUUUUAUAAGAUAUUUGAAGUUUCUACUCAAAGGUAAUGGUAUUUGCAUACAUUUUAUGAUAUAUAUGCUUAAAAUAAAAGAGAUUAGCUUUGAAUGGCAUGAAAACAGAGGUGGGAAUCAGAAGGGACCGGAACGACUCCAGAUGUAUUAUGUGUUUGAGAAAAAAAAAAAAAAAAGAAGAAAAAAAAAAGUGGCCGGUCUCUUUUUAAAAAAAGUGUAGAUUUGAAGUACAGUGGUGAAGCUCAUUAAAUGUUGACAUUUAAGAAAA